AUAAGGACGCUACCGGCGCGCUCGGUCAAUUUUUAGUCAACGCUGCGACGCGAUCGCCGAUUCAAUCGUCUCUCCGGCAACGAUGCCGAACAAAGAGCACUCUUCAUUAUAAUUUUUCAGUCGCAGCAGUCGCGCAGUGUCAGGUUUUCGUUUCUUCUAUUGAGGCUGUAUAAUACGGAAAAAGUUGUUGGCGUGUUGUUAUUUUUAGGUCUGCUCACAAGCUGCGCAUAUGCACGGUCAAUGUUGCACUCGAUGUGCCUCUAUUUGACGCGUGACACUUUUUUAUCGAACUAACACAGAUAUAGAAUAAAAAGCCCGAAGCGAUUGCUAAUAGAACAUUUUUAAGUUCGUUAUCUCUGCCGCUGUCUGAAAGGCAAACUUGCAAGCAGUCACCGUUGAAACGUCGUUAGUAAUCGUAUAGAGAGAUAGAAAAGCUGCCGGCACAAGGCAACGGUGCGCAAGAAUCAGCAGCAGCAGCAGCAGCGAAAUGGCUUGCUCGCGGUCCGCUGGCCUCUGGCUCUUGGCGACUGCUCUGCUCCUCGGGGCGAGCCACGGCUUCAACGGCGAGCUGGCCGAGCAGGAGUGCCCGGUCGACUGUCACUGUCACUACUUCCGCAUCAAUUGGGUCACCGACUGCUCCGAGAGCAACCUCACGGCCAUUCCGCACGACGGCUUGAGCCAGAACGUUUACGUGCUCGACAUGAACGGCAACAACGUCGAGCACAUCGAGCCCUUCCCGGCCGACAUCAAGCUGCGCAAGCUCCAAGUCGCCCACAACCGGCUCACCGAGCUCAAGUACGAGUCUUUCGCCGGACUCACCUAUCUCCUCGACGCCGACUUCUCCUACAACAAUAUCAAAUACGUCGAUCCAGACGCGUUUCGGGAUAGUCCAGGAUUAAUAACUUUGGAGCUGCAGCACAACCCGCUGACGGAGGUCGACGGAUUCUUCCUGAACAGCCGACCGCUCAUGUACCUGGACCUGAGCAGCUGCGGCAUUCGUCGGCUCAACGAGCAGUUCUUCCACAACACCAAGGACCUGAACAAGCUCGACCUGUCGCACAAUCCGCUGGGUCGUCUCGAGCGGGGUCCCCUGGACCACCUGCCGAAUCUCGAGUACCUGAAGCUGGCCUCGUGCAACAUCAGCCACGUGGCGUCGGACGCGUUCGCGCGACUCGAGAAUCUGCGCGAGCUCGACCUCGGCGACAACAUGCUCGGCGGCAUCGACUGGUCGGGCGUGCUGGCCCCGAUGAUGCGUCUCGAGCACCUCGACAUCCGGCGGACGCGCAUCCGCAAUCUGCCCGGCGACGCCUUCAGCCGCAACCUGUACCUGCGCCAGCUGGUGCUGGCCGACAACGAUCUGCACCACCUGAACGUGGCCGAGACCCUGGGCCACAAUCUGCACUCGCUGCAGUCGCUCGACCUGUCCAACUGCAAUCUGCAGGACCGCCUGUCCGAGGAGGCCUUCCGCAACGCCAGCAAGCUGCGAGUGCUCAAUCUCAGCGGCAACCCCAUGUUCGCGGCCGACCUCACGGCCGUGCUGCAGCACCUGCCGCGGCUCCACAAGCUCUCCCUGAGCAACUGCAGCCUGCGCCGGCUGCCCGACGCCUUCGAGAGCCUCGAGACCCUGGCCGAGCUCGACAUCUCGCACAAUCCGCUGGCCGACGCGUUCGUCCGGCUGCUCAAGCCCCUGAGGUCGCUCGAGUUCCUGGACAUGUCGUACUGCAGCCUCGGCCACGUGGGCAACAACACCUUCGCCCUCAUGACGGAGCUGCGCCGGCUGGUCAUGUCCGGCAACAGCCUGCACACCCUCGAGAGCGGCCUCUUCGCCAACCUGACGCGCCUCGAGGUCCUCGAGCUGGACGACUGCGGCCUGCGCGGGCCCCUCAACGCCCGCCUCUUCGGCGAGCAGACCGAGAGCAACGUGGUCGAGCUCAAGCUCAGCAGGAAUCCGCUGACCCUGCCCGAGGACGGCUCGCUGCUGCCCAAACAGCUGGCCGCGCUCUCGAGCCUCGACCUCUCGCACUGCGGCUUCGCUCGGCUCAACGACAAUCUCUUCCUGCGCACCCGCAACCUCACGAAUCUCAACCUGGCCAACAAUCGGCUGGCCGACCUCGAGGCUCUGGCCCCGCUGCGCAAGCUCCGCCAGCUCGAGCACCUCGACCUGUCCAACAACAAUUUGAGCAGCGUCAGUCCGCGCGUCUUCAAGGCCAACUCGCGUCUGCUCAGCCUCAAUCUCAUUGGCAAUCCCUUCGUGUGCAACUGCUCGAUCGUCGACAUGUGGGACUGGGCCGUGCAGGUGAAGAACGACCUGGACGUGCUGGUGGGCAGCCAGCCGGCCCAGUACAGCACCGGCUCGACCAAGCUGCGCAAGACCCUCAGCUGUGCCUACGACCCGGUCACUUAUCGCGCCAUUCUCGAGCAGAACAAGGCCGGGGGUCAGUCCAAGCCCUUCGUGCGCAAGGCCGACCAGACGCCCAACAGGACCUGGGCCAAGUACAUACGCGAGAGCCAGUGCGGUGGUCGGCGCUCAUGAUACGUCCUGCCCACGCCUCUUCAGGAUGGACCCGACAAGCCCUCCCGAGUCGAGCUCUAACUUCAAGCUUCGUUUCCUAUUACCCUCCCGCUGGUCUAGAUUGCGUCAUUUUCAACGCAAUACAUCAGUAAAUUUAAAAUUAUGGCCAUACAAAUAACAAUAAGUUAAAUAAUGUUCGACUCAAAAAAGAUUAUUGUAUACUUUACGUCAAAAAAUCUAUUCAAAGCAGAGCCAAUUUUUAACAAAUUGUUAAAAACAAUAAUAUAUUGCAGUAUAUACUAUACCUUUUAUGCCAUAGAGUGGCAUUCAACAAGCCACAUAAAAGUAUUUUAUUUUUAAGAACAUUUUUGUAGAUUAGUUUGUAUGGUUGAAUAUUAACUGUACCAAUGCCUUAAGCUAAGAACUAAUGAAUAUUGUGAAAUUCAUUGACAUUUUAAUUAAUUAAACUGUUAAAGUCAACGUUGUUUUUCAUCACAGUUUUUCUUCAUAAAACUGUACAAAAAAUCGAGUUUAUAGAUGAAAAAUAUUUGUAGACGUUGAAAUCAUUAGUAUUGUAUGAAAACAAUAUGGUUUGUUAACAAGAAAAUUCAUAAUGCAUGCGUGAACAAUUUCUUUAUCCAAUUCAAACAUAUCUACGUGAAAAAUAUCAUUUGAAUUGUAAACUUUGCAAUAAUGUAAAAGUGUAUGAGCACAAUUCAACUAGUUUAAACUUGUCUGUAACGCGUUGAAAUAAAACAAUACAGCCAAUACAUUUUAUAUGCAGUAACUAUGAUGCAACAUAGUAUUUGUUGAAGCGAAAAAGAUUGUAUAACACUUUAAUUAAAGAAUUAAUUGAUUUUCCAUUGCUUGAAAUAAUAGAAACCCUUGUAAUUGUACACGCAAUGACGUCAGUCGAGUCAUAUUUCAAAAAGAAUAGAGUUACGACUUUAGAUUAUUUAUUGAUUUCAAAGUUUGUACGCGUGUUAAGCGAUGAAAUAAAAAUAAAUUUUUUUCAUUUAUUCUUGUAGAUAUGUAAAAACGAAAAUUCAUUUAUGACGAAUGAAGCUACUUUGUAACAUGUAUAGGCUCACGGUGACAAAAAGACAAUUGCAUCGACUGUGAUUAAUCUUUAUGCUCACGUCUGUAAAUGUAUAAGACUGUAUUUAAUAAAUGAACGCCAUAUCUUUCUCUUAAAAUUGGA